AUGGUCAUCGAUUCGGGACGAGAGUCUAUAGCCUAUCAUGUGCCGGCUCCGGUUCAUGAGAAUGGAAAGCCUAAAACUAAGCAGAUGCCUGUUACUUUACUUUCAGGCUUCUUGGGGAGUGGAAAGACUACAUUGCUACAGCACAUUCUCAAGUCACCGGAUCAUGGGCUGAAGAUUGCUAUCAUUGUUAAUGAUAUGAGCCAACUGAAUAUUGACGCUACUCUUAUCCGGAACCACCAAGUUUCUCAGACUCAGGAGAAGCUCAUUCAACUCCAGAACGGUUGCAUCUGUUGUACUCUUCGUGGUGAUCUGCUCGCAGAAUUGGCACGUCUCACAAAGCAGGAUGGGAUUCAAUAUGUCAUCAUCGAAAGUACUGGAAUUAGUGAGCCUAUGCAAGUUGCUGAGACCUUCACGGCUGAGUUCAGCUCUGCCAUGCUGGAGGCCGAAGAUCAAAUCGGAAACAAUAAUGAUGAAGAUGCAAAGAAGAUCCUAAAUGAGAUUGUUGAGUUAGGCGGAUUACACACAAUGGCUCGUCUCGAUACAACAGUGACCGUCAUCGAUGCCUUCAACCUUCUAUCCAACUUUGAUACCGCCGAGUUCCUUUCAGACAGAUACGGGCGCGAGGAGAUUGUACCGGAAGAUGAGCGUACUAUCUCCGACCUAAUGGUUGACCAGAUUGAGUUCGCCGAUGUGCUCAUCAUCAAUAAGAUCGAGACAAUUGACGAAGCAACUCGCGAGAAGAUCCUUCAGCUGAUCAAGUUGCUUAACCCCGACGCCAAGGUGUUGACAUCCAGCUACUCUCAAGUGGAUGUGCGAGAGAUUGUUGACACUGGCAAAUUUGACUUUAUCCGUGCUGCCUCUGGAGCCGGUUGGCUUCGUAGCUUGCAUGAGAUGACCAUUCAAACCACCGGUCACGGGGACCGAAUGGCGCCUAAGCCGGAGACUUUAGAAUAUGGUAUCAACAACUUUGUCUAUACCGCCCGUCGUCCAUUUCACCCUCGUCGUAUCUUCUCCCUUCUUUAUGACAAGUUUAUCAUUCUUCAAAACAAUGAGCUUGAAGAAGAAGAAGACGACGACAUGGAAGAUGAGGACGGAGAAAAUACCGCGGAUGAGAUGGAUACAGACACCGAAUCAAUUGAGGACUUCGAUCAUCCUGAUCCAAAGGAUAUUCUCGAUAACAAGCGCAAUAAUCCUGCUUUCGGCCCUGUACUUCGUUCAAAGGGAUUCUUCUGGUUUGCUACUCGACCCUUCCAAUUUGGUGAAUGGAGUCAAGCAGGUGGUAUGUUAACAGUUGGCUGUGGAGGUCCUUGGUUCGCCGAGAUGCCUGAUGAAACAUGGCCUGAAGAUCCCGACGUCCGAAAGUCCAUCGUGAAUGAUUUCAAGGGUCCCUGGGGUGAUCGACGACAAGAGCUUGUUUUCAUCGGAGAAGGUGUAGAUCAAGAGAAGAUUUCUGCGCUUUUGGAUGAAUGUUUGUUGGACAAUAAGGAUAUGAAGCAAUGGGAGAAGAUCAUGAAGAACAAGAAACUUAGUCGAGAGGCUAAGACCGAGAAGUUGGCUAAGAUUUGGGAAGAUGGAUGGGAAGAGUGGCCUGAAUAUGAGAUUGAAGAUGAAGAGGAAGAGCAGGUUGCACACGUGCAGGCUCUGGGCAAGCAUCGUAUUAGUGAGCAUUUGGGUCAUCAGCAUGAGCGCAGGGGCCUUAAGCAUAGCCAUCGGUAG